AACUAACGUAUGCAAUUUUACAAAAUUACAUUAUUAAACAUAUAUAAUUUUGUAUAUUUAUGUUUAAGGUGUUUAAGCCUUGGCUUUUAAAUGACACAAUAUUCAGUUUAACGUCACUAGGUAGAAUACAUAAUAAAUAUUUAAACAUCUUACACUCAUUUACCGAAAAAAUUAUCUUAGAGAGAAAACGUUAUCACGAACAAUCCGGUGGAGAAUAUCUGAAACACUUUGAAACGAUACAACGAACAGAAGAGGAGCAAAUAACAGGGAUAAAAAAAAAGCGAAUGGCCAUGUUGGAUAUUUUGAUAGCGGAAUCCUUCAACAGCGGACUGAGUGACUUAGACAUCAGAGAAGAAGUUGAUACUUUCAUAUUCGAAGUAAAUGUUUCAAUUUCGUUAAAUUACUUAAAAUAAAAAUAUAAUUGCGUUUCUAAUUAUUAUAU